AUGCCUCCAAUCCCUUCUUACCCCCAUCGCAUUGUCCUCUACCAUCAGACCUUAUGUCCCAGUCAGGGUCCAUACGUCUCUCUCCUCCCCCUGCUGCACAAUAAUACCGGUAUCACCCAUGUCAUCCUCGCAGCCUUCCAUCUCAACGCUCCCAACCCCAAUCAUAUUACUCUCAAUGAUGAUCCUCCAGAGCAUCCCAUGUAUGACUCGCUCUGGGCUGAAGUCCCUGUGUUGCAGCGGAAUGGAAUCCGGGUCAUGGGUAUGCUGGGAGGCGCUGCGCCGGGCACCUUCUCUUGUCUGGACGGCGACCAACCUCAAUUUGAGGCUUACUACGCUCCCCUCCUCGCGAUGAUCCGCCGUCAUGGCUUGGAUGGUAUUGAUCUGGAUGUUGAAGAGCCCAUGUCCAUUACCGGCAUUGUGCGACUCAUUGACCGGCUGAAGACGGACCUGGGAGAAGGGUUCAUCAUCACCCUCGCCCCUGUUGCUGCUGCCCUACUAGGCAUUGGUAAUCUCUCUGGAUUCGAUUACCGUGAGCUGGAGCGUCAGCGUGCCGGUCGCAUUGCCUGGUACAACACCCAGUUCUACAACGGCUGGGGUAUGGCCGAAGACCCCCGCAUGUAUGCAGCCAUCGUGUCCCAGGGUUGGUCUCCAGCUAGGGUGGUCUACGGUCUCCUAACCAAUCCGGGGAAUGGUUCGCGCGGGUAUGUGCCCCGGGAGGUGAUUGGGCCGGUUUUGGCCGUACUGGUGGAACAAUUCCCGAACUUUGGUGGCGUGAUGGGCUGGGAGUAUUUCAACUCAAUGCCGGGGGAAAGGGGAAAACCCUGGGAAUGGGCAGCAGAGAUGUCACUAAGCAUGGGGAUGAAAAUGCUGGUGCAGAAAGCUCGAGACGUGUUGGUUUCCCGAUUGGGAGUCUCUCGUAAGAUGAUUCCUGGUCACCUCUUCCCCCCCAUCAUCUUCACCUCUCUUGUCAUUUAUCUGACCUCGAUUUUCUUCUCUUCCCCUCGGAAAUACAACAAUGGCACGCUCAAAUCCCUCCUUACGGGUGUUCCCUGUCGCCGACCGUGGGUUACGCGUCUAACUGUUUCCAUCAACCUUCUCUGCGCCCUGUUCACACUGGACUUUCUCCUGCGUGGCUUUAUCCUCUACCCAACGGCUGGAUUGCGCUUUUCUCGAGUUGGCUAUAUCUCCCCCACAACGGCCAGUCUGCUUUUCCGCGAACCGGAUUCAGCUCAACUCCCCUUGCUUGUUUCUUACACCGACAGCUCCGAGGGCGAUAAUGACGGUUCUUCCUGGAUUCACGCCGCGAGCAUUGAUACUCUCGACGAGUCCACCGAUUUCACGGCUACGAUUAUUUUCGACAGCCUGAAGCCCUCAACCGCUUACCGCUAUGCGAUUUCCAAUAACCUCACAGGUUCAUUCUCGACUAACCCUGCCCCGGACUCCCCUGCCACGAACCAGCUGAGCUUCUUAACUUCGAGCUGCAUGAAGCCCAACUUCCCCUAUGAUCCCCGCCGUCAUCCGCUGCGGAUUCCAGGCUUGGAGACGAUGAUGACUGCUGCCGCCAAUUCUAUCCGCCGCCAUCCGCCAUCCUUCAUGCUCUUCCUUGGCGACUUUAUUUACAUUGACGUUCCCCAGCGAUUCGGCUCGUCUGUAGCUCACUACCGUAGCGAGUAUCGCCGUGUCUACUCUUCCCCCUCCUGGGCAUCUCCAGCUAUUGACCUUCCCUGGAUCCAUACCCUCGACGACCACGAGAUCGCCAACGAUUGGAAGCAUGGCAACACAACCCCUCCAUAUCCUGCUGCCAUUGAUCCCUAUCUGGAAUCCCUGCUUUCCUUUCUCGCCCGUCCUGAACCAGCGCACGUCCGGUGGAAAAUUGUCUCCUCAAGCGUCCCAUUUUCCCGGAACUGGCAUGCAGGCACGGCUGAUACGUGGGGAGGCUUCCUCUCCGAACGGGCUGUCGUGUUCGAGGCCAUGCGCGCCGCCCAAAGCAACCUAGGGAUCCGCGUUGUACUGCUCUCAGGCGAUCGACAUGAAUUUGCUGCCACUCUGUUUCCCCCUCUCACUUCUUCUUCUUCUUCUUCCACGGAAACCGAGGCCGAGGUCACGGAUGGCCAAGAGCUCGUCGAAUUCUGCGUAGGCCCCCUCAGCAUGUUCUACCUCCCCAUCCGAACAUACUACCAGUCCGGGCCGGAUGAUGUUCCGAUCAAGUAUCUCCCCGACGGCAACACGAAAUUCGGGCUUGUCGAGAUCGAAGAGGGUAUGGCUGGGGGGGUUCCCAGCUCGGUCCUUACUUAUUCAUUGUAUAUUGAUGAGAAUGUAGUUUGGAAGUAUAGGUUGAGCGUGCCGGUAGCAACCGCAUCCUCGUCCGACGCACACCUGGCUCGUGCCUUACUUCCUCCUGGUGCAGUUGUCCUUGACAGUUCCGUAGAGGGGUGGCCAGAUAAAAUUGCCAAAGCGGCAGGUUGGAGUGUAAUGAGAAAGUGA